CUUAGCCGUCAUUUGCAAUUCUGUAAACUCACUUGCUUUGAAUAAUCAGGAUUUAACUUUUUAUUGAAGUAUUAUUUUCUUGAUCGUAAAAAAUACUUUGAAAUGGCUUCUGUACUUGUCCCUGAAAUUCCUUCGCCUGGUUUUUCUUUCGAAAAUUGUCAAAGAAAUGCUUUUCUGGCACAAAAAGGAUUUCCGGCUCCUAAAGCAACGAAGACCGGUACAACCAUUGUGGGUAUUAUCUACGCGGACGGUGUUAUUUUAGGAGCAGACACAAGAGCCACAGAAAACACAGUAGUGUCUGAUAAAAAUUGUGAAAAGAUCCAUUACUUAGCCGGAAACAUGUACUGUUGCGGCGCAGGUACUGCUGCUGACACUGAGAUGACUACUCAGACUGUUGCUUCUCAACUGGAAUUGCAACGUCUUCACACAGGAAGAACAGUCCCUGUUGAGACUGCUGCUACUUUGCUCAAAAGAAUGUUGUUCCGUUAUCAAGGCCACAUUGGUGCUGCUCUUGUACUUGGAGGUGUUGAUCGAACUGGCCCUCAUAUUUAUUGUAUUUAUCCUCAUGGAUCAGUUGAUAAACUUCCCUAUGCUACUAUGGGUUCUGGAUCAUUAGCAGCAAUGGCAGUUUUUGAGUCAAACUGGAAGCCAAAUAUGAGUGAAGAGGAAGGCAAAAAAUUAGUGCGAGAUGCAAUUGCAGCUGGUAUCUUCAAUGAUCUGGGUUCAGGUUCUAAUGUAGAUCUCUGUGUCAUCCGCACCAGUGGGCCCGCCCAAUAUCUAAGAACAUAUGAGGAAGCCAAUGUUAAGGGCAAGAAACAAGGGUCAUAUAGAUAUGCCCCAGGCACUACUGCAGUACUGAAACAGCGUAUCAUCCCACUUGAAGUUGAGUCUGUAUCAGUUCAUCCAGUACAACCAAUGGAAAUAGAACCAUCUCCCAGUCGCCGUUAAUUCAUUUAUGUAACUUGCAUUAAAUAAAUAAUUUUAUAAAAAAA